AUGGUAACUAUACCGGAAUGCGAAGGGCUUUUCGAACCUCUUCUUCGCAUUCUCGAAGACAACAUGGCGGCGAGUGAUGAUCAAGUCGAUGCUUAUCUGAGAAUGACAGAGUAAGUCACGAACGAAAACUGGUUUAAAGUAUGUUUACGUAUUAAAUUCAAACUGUUAAUAUUAGCUGUUGGAAAUUUAUUUCCGAUUGGCGAUCAUCUUCACUUUGCCAUCAAAAUCAAAUAGGAUCGAAAUAAAGAGUGUGUUAACGUUUGAAGCUUAACACUUUAGACCAAAGAGUCAGUCUCAAGGGUAUUUCUUUAUUUUGGCUUUUUAAGAAAUUCCUUGUUCACAAGUCAAUAAUCUACAUACAAGUUAUAUGAGGAAAUGAAAGUGAUGUUUAGAAUGAUUCAUGUAAGAACUCGGUUCUCUUCGUCUACAUUCACAAAGGCAACAAGAUUCAAACAGUAAUUGUAAUGAAAUUUCCUUCCAGGCGCUUAAGAGAGGAGGAAGAUGUAUUUGUUAAAGAGCUACUUAAUCUAAUUAAAAGAGUUGUCAUGAUCUUUCGGGUAAGUAGACCUUGUCUUUUGCUGUUCUCUUCAUACAAUGUUUCUUCUCUUGACAACAGAAAAGGGUGUCAAGGGAGAAGCAUACGCACAUAACUUGGGUAAUACCAUAUGCUGUUUAUACACAACAUAUGAAUUGUUGCAUUGCCAGUUUCUGCUUGAGCAUUUAAUUUUAACCUAUUUUGAUAACUCAGGUAGCAGCUUGGACAUUAAAGAUUGUAAACAAACAUUAGAAAUGAAAAAGUCAUUAUGUAUGUCAGGAUGAUUAUUAUGAGUUCAGAUUUCAAGCAUUUUUGCAACAGUUUCUGGUGUGUCAUUUUCUACAGAGAGAUAUUCAGUCUGAUAAGUCAGAUCUGUGCCAAGCAUCACUUCAAGCACUUGGUCACUGUCUCUACCAAGAGGAAAUAGCCAGGUAUGAGUACAGCCAUCUUGUGUAUCACUAGAGGGUCCCCUAUACUCCUUUGUGAAACUCCGUCUCUUAAAAAUAUUUGGCCUUUUCACCCAUCACAAAUAAUAUCCAGAAUUCUUUCAUGUUUGUGUAAAAUUUGAGACGACCAUGUUACAUAAAAAUUAGAAAGACAAAUUCAUGAAUUAAUUUUUCCUUUUUUGGCCUUGACUAGUCCUAUGUGAUGAAAGAUAACUUACUGUCUUAUCUUAUUUGUUAAAGAACCAUUUUUAGUCUGUUCUAUGACUUUUAUUGAUCCAUGUGAAGUCCAUGUAUAGCCAAAACAUAAAAAUGGUGGAAAAUUCAUCACACAAAACAAACUGGUCCAUAAAUCAGGUUUAAUUCAGCUCUUCAUUCAUGUGUCACAUUUAAAUUUAAAAAAAAAUGUUUGUUCUCAUGGAGAUAAAAAGAUAUUGUCAUCUUUAAUCACAAUUCAAGAAUUAAGAAAAAAUUCAAAUCAUGAUUCUUGAGAAAAUAAAAUGCCCGAUCACGCUUCAGAUCAAAAGUACAGGGGACCCUCUUACCAGCUUUACAUUUAGGAAUGUGUUUGAACUUCUGUUUAUAGUGCAGCCCUAAUACUUACGUAGGGUUGUACAUGUAUCAAAGAAAAUGAAAGCUGGCAAACUUAAGGAGUUACUCUCCAGGGUUUCUUUGUAUACUUUGUACCCUUGUCAUCCACCCAAGAUAUGGCUGGGUAUGUUCAAGGUGGUAAAUGGUACAUUGAAAUAUCAUGGGUCUUACAAUCUGAAUUUCCAUCUGAUGUUAACAUCCCUCCAGCCCUUGCAAUGAGUCCAAAGUCUUGUUCAUUGUGCAUCUUAAUUGGACCUAGCAUUCACAAAUGUUAUUGAUCCAUAGCUUGUCACAUCCAAUUUUUGUUCACUCAGUCAGUUGAAGUAACAUUUUUGAUAAUAGUAAUGAGUCAAAAUUAUCUUCAAUGUCUUUUCGCAGUUCAAUUUGCCUGUCAGAUGGUCAAGUUCUCAUUCAAGGUCGGUUGUUAUAUGCAUAAUAUUGCUUCCAUGAUCAAUUGUGCCGAUGAUGUUAAAAAACAGGUUUAAAGGAAAGCACUUGACAUAAAAGCGUCUGACAGUGUCCUCUGACUAAAUCCUCUUUAAUAACAUUUAUUUGAUGAAACUACUGUAUUUAUACUUUGUUAUAUCCUUGCUAAAAUUGUAUUAAGCCUCGAUUGUCUUGACUAAAUUUUUUGUUAUUAGAAUCUCAGCAUUAAUUGUAAACAACCUCUUGGGAGACUUUUGGCAAGUGAAAUAGCUUUAAACUCUUGUUUUAAACAUUUUCUUAAAUUUCAUAAGCCUCAACUGCCUUGACUGAAUUAAGUGUUAUCAGAAUCUCAGCAUUAACCCAAGAAAUCCUCUGGCAGGUCUUUUGACAAGAAUACAGGAAUCUGAGGAUAAAGGAGUUUGCACUCGAGCAUUAUGGUGUCUUGCUAAACAGAAUUUACACAGUGGGAUUGUAAAUACUAAGGUAUUGACUGAAUUCUAAUUCUUUUAAAUUCGAUAUUAACCCUUUAAGAUUUCUUACAUAGUUGUGAUACUGAUUAGAAAGAUUAUUCAUUUGGUGUAUUGUUUGUUUUCAAUUUAGUUGGAAUCCAUUCUUAUUACUUUGGAAUCAGUUAUCACAAAGGAUCUCCAGUCUGUAACUGUGGAUCAUGAAGCUCUUUGUGUGAUAGAAAGGUACAAUAUAUGACAUAUACUCUCUCUAAGCUGACAAUUAAAUGUUGUAAAUUAGUUACAGAUCAGAAUUAGUGACAUUUAAACUAUCUAGAUAAUAGUUGCUUAUUACUUUUGUGUUUUUUAUCAGCAAAGUUCUUCCUUAUUAACCCUUUCACUCCCAAGAUCUCAUUAGUAAUCCUCAUUACUGUUUGCCAUAUAAUUCUUAUGAUGUUGCUUCAGAGAAUUUGGUAUUGGAUCAACUUGUAAUUCCCUAGUUGAUAUUUUCCUUUAUUCUCAUCAUUUGUCUUCUUUAUGUUGUAUUGAUGAUGUAAGGAGAAAUUCUGGCUUCAUCACUUAUGGGAGUGAAAGGAUUAAUGACAUUACACUGAUCUCAGGGCUGAAAGAUCACGGUGGAAACCUUAACCAGGUCAUUGUGUGGAAUAAAUUGAGGAGAGUUGUACCUUAAAGGCAAGAUUUCCAAUAAUUAAUGCAGUAACUCUAAAUUUUUAUUUAAUGUAGGCUUCUACAACAGCUUCCAAAGAGCGAAAUGAUCAAGACAGUAGACUCUUGGGCAAAGCUGGUGUUUCCUCUGCUGGUUAGCUCAGCCAUCAAGGUACAGAGUUCAAUUUACAUAGUUUGCUGUUCACUGCAAUAACUUUUUUGGAUUCGAUGAUCUGUAUGUAGCUGUGGUUGAUUUAACAGCUGAUAGUUGGUCAAUAUAUUGGUUUAUCCAUCGCUCAGUGAUUGAUCAAGGUUCGGUUAACCAUUGGCAAACUAAAUGUAAUGUUCUCCCUUAUUUUAAGGAGGGCAGGUACAAUAAAUUUUCAAACCAGUACAACAACCCCAUUACCUAUUAAAUUUUUAGAAUUUCCCAGCAAUUUUAGGCAGUAGUAAGAGGCACUACAUGACCAGUUUUGGCCUGAAAAAGUAGACCUUUUUAGUUGAAUUUUGGAAGACUGUUGGUCAUCUGAACAUUGGCCAACCGUCACUUGAUACAUCAAUUGACUUCAGACUGAUAUAAUCACCCAUUUAUUAUCACAAUUGAUUGGUGAAGACCUCCUUAAUUGCACAUGAUCCCACCUUAUUUUUUAGUUUGGCUGGCAGAACAAUACUCAUUGUAAAGUUUUAAGCUUAGCUGGUUUUCAUCUAUUUUCAGGUGUGUGAGAGGGCAUCAAUGGUGAUGUAUGCUGGAUUGGAACACUUGAUGUCCUCCCAAGAAAGAGUGAUAAAAAUUCUUCUUCCUCUACUGAAAGGAGUAAGUUGAUAUUUUUUGAACUCCUUCCUAAGAAAAUUAGAAAUUAUUCAAUCCAUAAUUCCUUUAAAUCCACACACUUUCCCUUCCUUUGUUUGAAGUAUAUAUAUAGCAAUACAAUAUAAGAGUUACUGUAUCUCUAAUGGUAACAGAUAUGUGCCACCUGUAGGAGGUAGCCUCUCUUAGGUAGAUUCUAGCCAGGAUCCCAUGGAUGUCAUUACUCGGUAUAUCCUGGAUUUCAGCAAAAUCUUCAGUUCUAAUAGUAAAAAAUGAUACUGUAUAAGAUAUUCAACUUUCAUUUGACAUUAUGAAGAGCCAGAUUUACAGCUGUCUUGUUCAUUUUUCUUCAUUUCCAGUGCUUGUUGAAAGAGUUUCCCAAAAUGUGUUCAGAAAAGAAAGGAUUAUAUGUGCUCAAGUGUUGGUGUUGCAUCGUUCAAAUUCUUGGAGAGGUGAUUAAAAUGUUUUGUCUUACUGAAUAUGGCCUGAGCACACAUACAGUAGGGCUAUCAAUCCUAGAUUCUUAAUCCCUGAUUCUGAAUCCUUGUUUCUUGAUCCUCAAUUCUCUAUCCUCUAAUUUGUAUCCUGGAUUUUUGAAAGUUUUUUUUUUUAGAUGAGAAUAGAGUUUCAAAUCAAGACGAUCAACUGACUUUUGAGAUGUACUGCAAGGCAGGGCACAAUUGUGUAUAUGUAUAUCUUUGAAUCAUUUGAAUUAUAGUUGUGUUAGUUAAGUUCAAUACACACUUCUUGUUAAUACAAAAAAAAAUUAACAAAUUCAAUGCCAAGAAUGAUCUAAGUUUGGUAGACAGGUUGGGUGAGUUGAGAAAAUUAUCAAGAUAUCAGCGCUAAUCUACAAUUUUUUUGUGUAUCAUCUUAUUUGUUCUCUGCAGACCUUGCACAGAGGAGGCAGUUUGAUUAAUGAUUUACUAAAGCUUGUCGAGCAGGUAUAGUAAUGUUGUUUUGUUUCCUGUUGGGAUUUAAUUCCAAUGAGAACUUUAUUUUUCUCUUUUGUUGCACUGAGCAAUAUUUGUCAAGUCUUAAGACAGCCAAUUAUUUACAUUGUCAUAUUACUUUUAGGGAUUUCGAGAUCCAUCAACUGAAAUUCAGGUUAUGUCCUUCUCCGCUUGGAAUAUCCUUAUUGACAACUUUGCCCUCUCAUCAGGUAAAUUGAACUCUUUGACUCCUAAGAGUGACCAGCAUCUGAUUUCUCCUUAUGUUAUCACUGCUUAAUCACAAAUUAAGGUCACAAGAAUAAAGAAAAUGAUCACUAACUAAAUAAGCUCCUGAUUGUUAGACAACUUCUCCCUUUCAGCACUUUGGGAAAUGUAUAGAGAAGAGUAUAGAGAAUAUGCAUACUGAUGUUCGAGUGUAAAGGGUUAAUCUUUCACAGGGAUUUAUCAAGAAAUGUGGUAGCAAGAGAGUGGCAUAAACUAACAAAUUAAUUUUCUUCAUGUCUGAAUGAGAAAGAAUCUCUGGCCAUCCAAAUUUAGUGGCAGAAUUUUCCAAUUUACCCUUCAACCUUUGAACUCCCAAGAUCUGUUUCUUAAUUCUCCAAUUCAGCUGCCAUAUAUUUCCUUGUAAUUAAGUUAUGAGAAUUUUUUUGUUUGAUCAAGGAAAAAACUUCUACCUGAUAAGUUGAAGUAUUCUUUUUACAUGUUUGCUGGAUGAUGUAUGAAUAUUACUGGGAGAAGUUACAAGUUGAUCACUUCUGAGGUUUGAUUUGGAAGGGCAGAGGAGUAAGCGGCUAGGGUAUGGAGGGAAGGGAAGUCAUAAGAGCCUUCUCCCCUACCUCUUCUUUUCUCCCUUUAUUUUUGCUCUCCUCUCCAUCUCAUCCUCAACUAGAGAGCUUGUUCAAUAAUUGCUGACUAAUCUUUUUCUGCAUUGAUUGUCAGUAGCCUGGUUAUACAUGAUGACAUACCAAAUCACUUUUCUCUUUGGUCCCUAUAAUCAAGGGGAAGACUUCCAAAAGAGACCCAAAAAGGCCUUACAUAGUCCCCCCUCACAACACAGAAGGUUUGACAUCGGAUUAUGGUAGCCUGAUAUCCAUAGAUUUUCACUUUGUUAGUCAUAGUCACAAAUUCUGGUGUCAGUGACUUGCUACACGCUGAUUUUAAGAGGGUGGUGGUGCUCUUGGAAGUUUCAUAUGUUCAGAGACUUUUCAGCAGUAUCUUGGGAACUUCUCAACCAAAUCUUUUAUUAUCUGGCAGAGGUUGGGGGGGUGGUGGUGUGGGGAAUGAGCGGUUAUUUUUCAGUUGGGUAAUGUGGGAUAAUUGUGCACAGUUUAACUGUGACCAAUUGGCAAUGGCUGAUAAGGAAACCAAAUGAAUAUAAAUGUGGUUUUUGUGAAAUAUAUUUGAAAAUGCCAUUUAAAUGAUUUCUUAUCGAUUUGCUGUAUAAGAGAACAAUCAUAAUUGUUUUGGAUCAGUUGUUUUUUUGUUGCUAUUUGGUGUUGAAAAGAAUAAACGGCAGAUGUUCUUAGUCCAAGUACGACUUCCAAAAUUCUCAAGUCCAUCUUGUUCAUUGGAUCUGAGAUAAAGCUGUUCCCUUUUUUGGGUACUGGUGGGGCUGAAGUUAAUUUUUUCACUUCACAGCUAGAGGACAGCCCUCUUCCAACUUUGUCACCGUAUUUGUUGGCCUAUACUAGAUUGAUUGAUGGCAAAUCAUACAUCAGCUCAUUGACUACCCAAUUGACCAAACAACUCCUUGCAAUCAGGAGCUUUUUAACUUUGAUUUACCAACAAACUUCUUCUGGUCAGGAGCUCUUAUCAGAGCUUAUUGAUUCCUCAAUUGCCAAACAACAACCUUGCAAUUGAAAGCUCUUUUCAGAGCUCAUUGACUCCCUGAUUGACCAACAAACUUAAUGCAAUCAGAAGCUCUUAUCAGAGCUAAUUGACUCCCCAAUCAACCCACAAACUUCUUGCAAUAGGGAAUUCUGAUAAGCUCAUAGACUCCCUGAUUGACCAACAAACUUCUGACAUUCAGGAGCUCUUUUCAGAGCUGAUUGACUUUGCAACCUUGCAAUCAGAAACUCUUAUCAGGACUGAUUGACUCUGCAAUUGUCCAACAAUCUCUUUGCUGCAAUCAGGAGCUUUGAUGUGAGCUGAUUGACUUGCCAGUUGACCAAUAAAAUUCAUGCAAUUGGGGAGCUCUUAUAGGAGCUCAUUGACUCCCCAAUUGAUUGAUAAACCUCAUGUCAUUGGUAGCUCUUAUCAGAGCUCAUUGACUCCCUGAUCAAACAAUAAACUUCUUGCAAUCAGGAGCUCUUAUCAGAGCUCAUUGCUUUCUUGGUUGACCAACAAACUCCUUGCCAUCAGGAGCUCUUAUCAGAUUUGAUUGACUCCUCAACCAACAAACAAACUCCUUGUGAUCAGGAGCUCUUAUUAGAGCUGAUUGACUCCCUGAUCAAACAACAACCUUCUUGCCAUCAGGAGCUCUUAUCAGAUUUGAUUGACUCCCCAACUGGCCAACAAAUGUCAUGCAAUUGGGAGCUUUUAUCAGAGCUCAUUGAUGCCACAGUUGACCUAUAAACUCCUUGCAAUCUCAAGCUCUUGUCAGAUUUGAUAGACACCCUAAUCAACUAACAAAACUCAUUGUGAUCAGGAGCUCUUAUCAGAGCUGGUUGCCUCCCUGAUCAAACAAUAAAGUUCUUGCAAUCAGGAGCUCUUAUCAGAGCUGGUUGCCUCCCUGAUCAAGCAAUAAAGUUCUUGCAAUCAGGAGUUCUUAUCAGAGCUGGUUGCCUCCCUGAUCAAACAAUAAAGUUCUUGCAAUCAGGGGCUCUUAUCAGAGCUGGUUGCCUCCCUGAUCAAACAAAAACGUUCUUGCAAUCAGGAGCUCUUAUCAGAGCUGGUUGCCUCCCUGAUCAAACAAACCUUUUUGCAAUCAGGCACUUAUCAGAGCUCAUUGACUCCCUGACUGACCAAAAACUCCUUGCCAUUGGGAGUUCUUAUCAGAGCUGAUUAACUUCCCAACUGACCAACAAACUUCAUUCAUUUGGGUGUUCUCAUCAAAGCUCAUUGAUGCCACAGUCACUCAACAAACUCCUUGCAAUCAGGAGCUCUUCUCAGAUUUGAUUGACUCCCCAACCAACCAACAAAUUCUUUGUGAUCGGGAGCUCUUAUCAGAGCUGAUUGAUUCCCUGAUCAAACAACAAACUUUUUCUUCUCAUUAACUCCUUGAUUGGCCAACAAACUUAAAGCAAUCAGGAGCUAUUAUCAGAUUUUAUUGAUGCCCCAAUUGACCAACAAACCUAAUGCAAUUUGGAGCUCUUAUUAGAGUGCAUUUACACCACAAUCGCCUAACAAACUCCUUGCAAUCUGAAGCCCUUAACCAACCUACAAAAUUUGUGUGAUCAGAAGCUGUUAUCAGAGCAGAUUGACUCCCUGAUCAAAGAACAAACUUGUUGCAAUCAGGAGCCCUUAUUAGAGUUGAUCGACUCCCCAAUUGACCAACAAACUCCUUGUGGUCAGGAGCUCUCAUCAGAGCUGAUUGACUCCCUGAUCUCUUAUCAGAGCUCAGGACUCCCCAAACAAAUAAACUUCUUGUGAUCAGGAACUCUUUUGACUCUCUGAUCCACCAACAAAAUCCUUACAAUGGCAGCUAUCAUCAGAUCUUACUGACUCUCAGAUCAACACACAAAGUAAUGAUGGUGACCUUUUCACUGGAUGAUUGGCACUCAUUAACUUUCAGUGGGUAAUGACAAAAACUGGGAGUUCUUCUCUCAACAUGAAAUUCUCCCAAAAAAUCUUAAUGUCCUCAAAGCCUUCAGGUUAUUUCCACUGAUUUCUUUUGCCUUUGUAAAUGAAGCAAGAUCCAUGGUAAGGUAUUUUUUUGAGUGAAUAAUAUUUGCCAUUUGUUCUUUUCAGCUUUUUGAUUAUAUUCACCAAGUCAGGUUUUUCCCUAGGUUUCCUCAGCUAGUGUUGCCAUGGUAACCCAUACCAAUGGUUAUUCCACAUUAACUAAUUGCCAAGUUACAUCACCCUUCCAAAUGUUAUUUUAUUUGGUUAGGUAUUUUUGGGUGUAUUGCUGAAAGUUCCUGAACACAUAAUUAUUGGUACUUCCAACGCUGACCCCACAAUUCGUGGUUAUGACUAUAAUGUAGUGAUUAUCUCUGGGUAUCAGGCUAGCUAUCAUAAUCUGAUAUCAAACCUCAAAUGUAGUGGGGGGUGCCAUGAGGUAGACUCUUUCUGGCUUCUUCUCCUUGACUAUUACAUUAGACUUUUCUGAAUAAUAAGCAUCUCAUUUCACCCAUCAGUAUCACCACUAAAUCAAACAGUAAGUUGAAAUGAUUGUAACCUCAAGAAGCUUUUGAUUGUAGGGCAAAUUCUCUCUCAAAGUAGUAUAGGAAAUAUAGAGGGAAUAGUACAGAGAACUUGCAUACUGAUUUCAGGGUGCAAAGGGUGAAACAAAAUCUGAGAUAAUCAUUACUUUCUUUUCUCUUGUGUGAUUAUUUCUAGAUGUCAUCAGCAGUCCAAAGAGGGUCAAGCUUAUUCUGACUCCUUUAAGGGUAAGAAAAGAUUCCUCACUUUGUGGAACUGAAAUUCCCGUAUAGAGUCAAUAUUUCUAAAAGUUAAUUCUUGGUUGUUUGCAAUCUGCAAACCACAGCAGCCAAGCAGUAACAAGUGACCCUGGACGGAACAGUUGAAAUGUUACAUUCUAAAAUUGAUAGUGACUAUAUUGCCAAGAAAAAAUCACUCUCUCUUCAUCAAAUUCUUUAUCAUGCAUGUACAGCUGUAGAUGUAUGUUGUGUGUGUGUUUUCUUUUUUUACCUGAUGUCAUUUGUAAGGCUGCCUUGGACAUGAUUAAUGUGUAAAAUGGAUAUAUUGUCAUAUACAGCUGUCUUGAGGAAGGUUAUUGGAAUAAAAGCAUAGAAAUGCAUUCAGCAAUCUGGAAAAGAAUAAUUGUGGGUAGUUUUCAUGUCAUGUUUCCUUGACCUCAAGAUUUUGGGAAAUCUGAGAAAACAUCACUGUAAGGUAAAGCAUAUGGGGUUUGAUGAAUUUGGUUAUCUAUUUCUGUCACGUAUUAAAAUAAUUUGAUUACAGGAUACCCAGAUUACCUUUCAAAUUGCACUUUUGUCGUCUCCAACAACCAUUCUUGAAAUAACUGUUUUUUUUAUCCAUGUGGCAUUGUUUUGCAAAUUUUUUUCAAAUGGUGCCGCAAAAUUCUUACUUAAUUUAUAGCCUCUUGUUCUUUUGAUCUUGUUUUAUACUAUGUAACUAAAUGUAACCAUAAAAGUGUGACACAAUAAUAAUAAUAAUAAUAAUAAUAAUAAUAACAACAACAAUAACAAUAAUAAUGGUAAUAAUAAUGGUUUAAUUGACAGAUCCACUGGGUGGCUCUUUGUUCAGUUAUAUUAUUUGCAAUUUAAAAUAAAUGACAAUAUUUAUGAUUUUAAAAAAAAAAUUGUUAACUGUCCAUAUAUGUUGUUUCCAGAAUCUUGCUGUGAAGGAGAGAAAUGAAGCAGUUGAAGCUGCCAGACUCUCCACUUGGUGGCACUUUGUCUGUUCAUUGGGUCCAAAAGUUCAAGAAUUGUUUGAUCAGGUAUAAUUUUAACCCUUUCACUCCCAAGAUCUUAUGAGUAAUUCUCUUCACUGUCGGCCAUACCCUUCUCAUAAUGUUAGUUCAGGGAAUUUAGUCUUAGAUCAACCAAUAAUCCCCUAACUGAUGUUUUUCUUUAUUCUCAUCACUAGUCUGCUUGAUAUUGUGUCAAUACCAUAAGGAGAAAUUCUGUCUUGAUCACUUAUGGGAGUGAAAGGGUUAAUUAUCACACUAUGCCUUCCAAAAUACUGCCAAUCAGAUGAUAGGGAAGUGUAGCUCUCUCCCAUUGUGCUAUCUGAUCUUAUUUCUACUAAAAUUUGGCAAACAGUGCCUUAACCCUUUAACUACCAUAAAAUUAAAUGAUCAAGCCAGAAUUUUUUGUUACAUUAUCAAUAACAUAUCAAGCAGACAAGUGAUGAGAAUAAAGAAAAAUAUCAAUUAUGGGAUUAUAAGUUGAUCCAAUUCAAAAUUUACCAACCUAACAUCAUAAAAAUUGUAUGGCAUACAGUAACUUAGAGAAUUGCUAAUGAGAUCUUUGGAAUGAAAGGGUCAAACAUUUGGCCACUGAUGAUAACUUUUUUGGAACGCCAACAUUAAAAGAUAGUUGUCAGGAUGGUGGAUGUUGUAAAGUCAUGAGUCUGUACAUUCGUCAAAUUUAUUCUGUUGGCCACUGUUUUUAUCAGGUGUGAGGUAGUCAUGUAACACUCUCUUGUGGUAAAAGUAUAUUUGCAUGGAGUAUCCCUUUGAUCACAAGGAAAUAGGGAUUUUUUUCUUUCCCACAGUUUUACUCUAGAAUUGUACUUGUAGAUAUCACUAAAUUGAGGGUUGUUUUUUUACUUUAAAAAUGAUAUGUAGUCUUGAACAUAAAUUAAACAUGUACAAAAACUUACACCGUACUCUAUUUUAUCCUAGGUUUGCACUCCACUUCUUCAGUUUGUCUUUGGCACAGCCAUUGAUCAAGUUAGCUCAUUGAAGACCAAGGAAGGACUUGGUGACCUCAAAUGCCCUCCAACACCAACAAACAACAAACUCUUGUCAGACAUGAAGGCAGAAACACCCAAGUCAAGUAUCCGCAGAUCCCUCAAAGACAUGGGAACUCCAAGAACACCAACUGUGUUAAAUGCAAGCUUUUCCAAACCAGCAAAACAAAAGCUUCUCGUACAAGGGUGCGAGAUAUUGAUGGAAUUGUUGAAGACAGAGGACACUGAAUUUAGUUCAAAUUCUGAUUUUAUUGUUUCACUAGGUAAGAAAUUUCUUGUGUUGAUAAUGUUACCAUAGUUUUCUUGAUUGAUUGAGAUCCUUAAAAACAAAAACAAAAUUUACUUUAAGUGGCCAAUAGCCUGUCAGAAUGCAGGCUUUUCAUUGGUAUAUGUCUUAAAAGGACUAAGCACUUAGAAAAUGUUCUCCACUUCUAUUUUACACGAAGCCUACUUUAGGCCAACAAAAUUUACAACAGAAUACUACAUUGUAGCUGUAGAAUUUCUGUGAUUUUCUAAAGUAAAUUAACAACCUGGAAUGAGGGGAUUUAUUAUUUUAUGGAACCAUUGAGAACUUAAGAUAUGGUAUGAAAGAAAGAAAACAUCAGUUAUUACAUCAUGAUUGGUUUUAUUCUUGUAUCAAAUUGGUUGAAUUGCUGUUGGUGGGACAAUUUUUUCCACCAUUUGUGGAGGAAAAUGAAGCAAAGCCAUGCAUUCCCCCUCUACUUGAGACACUUAACAUUUAAUUGAAACUUACUUUUGUUGCAAUUAUUUUCAACUGGAUUCUGAAGUUUUGAAUUUAUACUCUAAUACUGUAAUUUAAUUUUUUAAUCUUAGGUGAGAGAUUGCAUAUGGUAACUUUCAAAAAACCAGAGGAGUUUAAGAAACAUGCUUCCUUAUUAACAAGUGCUGUGAGGGAAGUCUUCAAAGCUCUUGGUAAAGAUCUUGCAGGUAAAUGUAACUGAUGAUGGGACCAAAAAGUGUUUAUUCAUGGGAUAGAAUCGUGUUUACAAGAAUCACUGAUAAUUAAAUUUAGGAAAAAAUUUCAAACCCAUAUUUGAUAAUUCAAUUCACCACUACAGGCACAAAAUGGAUAGAUCAAUUGAGUAUAUACUAAAACAGUGGAUAGCAUUGAAGGCACAUUCUGAUUGGUUACUCAGACUCUGAAUAUCCUUUGCUAUUCACUUCCGAGCAACUGGUGUGGGGUUUGCACCCAAAAAUAUUGUAAUCAUAGUAGGAAUAAAUAAGUUAAAGACAUCUUUUUGUGCUGUACUAUCUCACUGUCUUAGUAUAUACCAAAACAAACAUUCACCUUGGUGUAAGUGGCUAGCAGUGGAUAUUUAUCUCACUGCUUUAUGGCUCGGUAAAUAUCCACCACUGGCCACUUCUAUUUCAGUGAAUUGUUGCCAUGAUGAAAUAAAAUAGAUUAAGAGAUGAGAAGUGUUCUGUAUGCUUUGCCAUUGGUUGAACUCUUUCUCUCUAAAGAUUCAGAUAUCAAACCUCAUUACUUUUUUCCCUACAUUCCUUAUAAUUUUAGAUGAGAGAAUCUAAUCUUCAGUCAAAGAAUAUCCUUUAGUUGAAAGUUUUCUUACCUCUCCUUACCCUUCUGCUUGAAAAUUUAUUGACAUUGAAAGGAUAAAUUCAUUUUUGUUCAGUUGUUGGAGUGAGUGGGUCUUUUUUUUUCUAAUAUAUUUGUAAUUUCUGUUUUGUAGAACCUUUGGGUAUCAGAGUGUGGAACCUGCUUGUUAAAAGAAUCGAGGAAGUCCUGGAAAAAGGUACUCCUUUAAGUUAAUGCCACUACUCUGCUGGUUCAUGUCUCAACUCCACUCCUAUGUAUUCUAUUGACAAUUUGUGGUGAUCUCAUGUAGUCUGCAACACACAGAUUUGAUUGAUAGAAAACACAGCAAUAAUUGCUUGAUAGGGGCUCCACUUAAAUGAACAUGAUUACAUCAUAUCCUAUUUGUAAAUCAACAUGCACUACUAUGCUUAUUAGUUAAGCAUAACAGGGUAAACAACAGAAAAUUCUGGAAGGUUUGUGUACUAGAACAUUCCUCUACAAAAAACACAAAUUCAAUUUUUCAUUUUAAGGUCCAUUGUCAGAGUGUGGAGAAUUUUUCCUUCCACUUCUUGCUGUUACACAGGAGUUGGUGGACAGUUCAUUCAUGUCAUCGUCUUUAGUGCUUGUGAGUUUUACUGAAAUCAUUGAUAAUUUUUAUUAACAGUCAAGUAUACACACCCCUUCCCCCCUUGGUACUCUAGUUGCCUUCCAUUCUUCGCUUUGUUCUGUAGCUUGUGCCAUAAAUAUUUACUUUCCUGUUGGCUGUAGGAAACAUAAGGAAAUUUUCAUGAAUGAAGACAAUGGAUAAUUGGAUAUUUCAUGAAAAUGCUUAUUUGAUAGUUUAGAGCGUUUAAAGGAUAGCCAAUCCCAGGUUGUCACGUAAGGUGAAAAUUAAGAUGCCAAAUCUUUUAUCACUCCUCCAUGACAUAGGGAGAUUGGACUGCUUCUUUGUUCUGUUUCAUUGGUGAUUGCCUCCCAUUGGUUUUGAUGUGGCAAUACUCCUUUAAGAAGCACUCUUGAUUAAUACUAAGAGGGAAAACGGUUAUAAUGUAGAUUAAUUUUGUCAUCAUUAAUUUUUCCACAACAGAAAAUGCUUGAAGCUUUGUCUAAGCUGCCUGCUGAAAUUUUAAGUCAUCACAUGGCAUCACUUCAUUCUAGAGAAAAUCCGCAAGGAUCACCAACUCUUCUCCUUAUUCAACUUUUAUUCACUCCACAUUUACUGGAAAAUACCUGGCAGGAUGAGAGGUUUGAGAAUAAUUCUCUUAAUUAUCGAUUGUAAUACCACUUGGACUUUGUGUGAAUAGUACCUCAUUAGAAAGGGCGCUGUGUCAUGGCAAUUACACUUAAGUUUAGGUUUCUUCUUUUUUAUCAGACAGAGCAAUUACAUGCUUAGGAUACUUUGUAGUGAGUACACAGGGAGGGGGAGCUUACUUGCAUGUAAUUCAUAGAUCAGUUAGAAACUUUCACAUCCCUCCCUCCCUUCCCCAGCUAGGUUCAAUUGCCACUCCCUUGUGGGUUGCUCAGAGGGGGGGGGUGGGGGAAUGAUGAUGUUUGCGCAUGAGCUUACCGGGGUAUACACGUUUUUUAAGUAGGAUUUAUAAGCAUUUAUUACAAUAGCGUCAUGCUUUAUUUACAGAUUUCAUUUGGCAUUUGAGCAUCUUGUUGAUUGUGGAAUGAUAGCAGCCUCUGGACAGUUGUUCUUUUUGCAGACUGUUUUAAAUCUCCUCAAAAAAGGAACAAGGUACUGUGCAAUGUUAGAAUUGAAUGAAAGGUGUAUGAGAACCUUUUUUAUAAUUAUUUGCCUUAUGAUUUUUAUACACAAAAUAUAUUGUGCAGGGUUUGUGAAAACUGCAUUUGUAGAAUGAAUAAUCUUAAGAAUUAAUUAUUACAACUAGGAUUAAAACUUGUCCCGAGAUGCCUGCUAAAAAGAACAGCGUCCCAAAAGAGAUAGGACAUCAACAUGAUUUUUACAUGUUAUCUUACGAUCCUUGUGUAAAGUUCUGAUCAACUGAGAUUGAAGUCCCUAAGAUUUGUUCAUUAACAUGAUUCGAACUGAUACGUUAUUUAUUGCAAAGAUCUUUUCAUUUUUUAUUUUGCUCUUGCUGAGAUGAAAAUGCUUAAAAUAUUUUAAAUUGUUUUAAAUUUUCAUAGUUCUGUCAAUGGUAAAGACACUCUUUGGAGGCUGUGGAGCUGCGUUGUUAACCACCUAAGUGAACACAUUCAAAAGGUUUGGCAAUGAAAAUAUUCGCUCUUGAUUUCUAUGGGGAUUAUGGAUCGAUCAAUUAGAAGCUUCAUCCCUUCCUUCCCCGCGCAUUUAAACUGUUGAAGAUUGGUGUUUUCAAUUUCUCCCUCCCCAGUAAAAAUUAUAUUCCAAUACCCCACUCACGCACAAUUUUUUAUUGCUUCAUUCUUUGUGCGGUAAACGGAUGUUUUAGAAUUUAGCAAAGUCACAUGAGCUUUCGGUGCCCCCGUUGGUUUUUUUCGCUGGUGAGAGUCAUUCUACGAUGUGACAAUUUCUAUCGAGGCCAUUUCCUCGUUAAAAUGGACUCUUGACCUUUAAACUCCUCCAUACUUGAAAUUAAAACACUUGCAUUCCAUGCGUCAAAUUCCCCACCCCAUCCGGGUAAGGUUCAAAUUUCCCACCCCCUGGGCAUGGACGACGGUAAAAGAUCCGUGGGUUGCCGGGGGGGGGGCGAUAAAUUUUCGAUUUGAUCAGUGCAUUAGUUGAUUUUGGCCACGCACCCAUUGACUAUCACGUGAUAGAAAUCUCAAGCUCAUAGUCUAAUUGUUUAAAUCUUUUUAUCCCAGACGAAUGAUGUCAACCAAGGAGAUGCCCUAGAACAUGACUUCAGCACUCUGUACUUGGCUCUAAUAUUUCCGGUGAAAGAUCUUUUGGAUACAGAUUUACCACAGGUAUGCUUGUCAGCUGUGCUAGUUAGUAUUUUGAAAACUUGGAGACCCGUUUCCGUAGAAUCGCUUUUCCUUAUUCCUUUGCCUUGAUGCUUCUCUCAUGUGCAGACUCUCGGCAAAGAGGUGGGCAAGACUCUGGUACAGCUGUACCGUUCCUUUUCUCGUGCUGCUGCUCUUGUUCCCACGGCUGAAACUAACAUUUGCUGUGAAGAAUUGUGCGUAAAGAUUCUUACAAUAGAGGGUGACUGGAAAUCUAAGGUAUGGUAAGCUCUUCAGUGGAACAAUUGUACGGUAAAAUUUUAACUUAACUUAGUAUUAAUAAUGGCAAUUCUCUAUUUUCCCGCUGUAUUUUUGUAGAAAACUGACAAUUUUUACCUAAUUUCAGGUACAGUUUUGCUCCCUUACUUGUUGAUCAGUUAAAAUUGAAUGUUUUGAUGAUCGCAUGUUUGUACUUUCUUCAUAGAAGUUGUUUUCGUUAAAUUUCAGGGCGUCGUUUUUGUUGACACGCUUGUCAGUCUCAUUGUGGUGGCUAUAGAAUGCCUUGAUUUCUCAACUCCAAGUUUGUUCGACAUGGCAACCACAGCAUCAGGAAAGUCACCUAACACUACCCCUACUAAGUGGAAUAAACGAUUCCAACGGCCCAUGGGCAAUAUGACGAGCAUGGUUAGCGUGGUAGCCAAGUUACUGUCUGCAUGUGAGAGAACGAGGAACAGUAAGGUAAUAUUGUGUAAGAUCGUUGUCAUUGCCUUACUCUUAACAAUUAUUUGAUGCGGUUUUUGUAAUAUCCAGGAUAAUCAAGGUCAAGGUAGGGGUUAUCAGCCGAAGCUGAAGGCUGAGGCUCUGAUUUUCGUUACCGAGAAAACGAAUCUAAUAGUUGUUUUAUUAUAAAUUGAAAGAAAAAAAAUUGGUUACCAAAGUGAGUGGAACUGAUAAUUUAUUUUCAAACUUGUAAAAAUAUACGAAUCAGCAAGCAAUACAAAGCGUGCGAACAUGACAUGAAUACCCUCAGAAAACAUUCACCGCGGUCAAACAUGGCAUGAUUACUCGUGACCUUGAGUGUCCUUGACAUGUUUGUUGUAUAAUCUAGAGCUAGAUGACGUCCAAGGCGCUUAUUUCGAAAAUUCACCGUGCGCUUUUGGCCAAUCAGAAUAAAAUUAAUAAUUGGAAGCCUUUAUUUCUAACGACACUUGAGUUGUCUUAUGGGAGACGCAGUAGCUCGAUGGGUAACCCUUUACACCCUAACAUCCGUAUGCAUAUUCUCCACACUGUUUUUAUAUAUUUCCUGAGGUGCUGACAAGGAGAAUUUGUUUUCCAAUCAAAAGAUUCCUUCCCUGGUGACCAUUUCCUUUAUUCUAAUUACCUUAGUGUGUGAUUCAGGAGUGAUAUUGUGGUGAGAAAUUAGGUUUUAAAAGGUUAAUGAACUGCGCUCCGGGCCGAAAGAUACGCUUUUAUUCAUAUCUCUCUCUGAGGGCUGAUUACCUCAGAAAAUGUCUCUCAAAUUUUUUUAAUUACAGAUUACUGGAACGUCCCAUUACUCCAGGUUUUAAUUUUAUUGAGAUAAUUAGUUGAUGAUGAAAGAAGACGUAAAAAGUACAACUGUUGCACCUAACUCGUCUUAAAAUUACGCAUACUAAAUCUUAAAAAAGCCAAUCAUAUACUAAAAAGUAAGUAACGCACUGAUUAUAUUAUCGUCUUAGGAUUCAACCCAAGCCCUUGGUAUUCUAGCAGCUGCUCUUACGAACUUAAUUGACAAGCUGUCUUACCUGUUUGUUCACAUCAAUGGAACUGCGACCAUAACUGCUGUUCUGAAGACUCUGAGCUCUGCUCUGGUGCAUUACAUAGAGAAUGCGCACACAAGGUAAAACAGUGUAUGAUGCUAUUUUUAUAAUCGCAGAGCGGUUCCGUUUCUGCGUGUUACCAAAGACAUCAUCGAUCUUGGCGCAAGUGUAAGGAGGCUUUGAAACUGUUGCCUUUUUAGUAAAACUGGUAGAGUGUUGGACUGCUAUGCACGAUGUUGGAGGUUUGAGCUAGUGUCAAGACCAGCACUCAUUUGAACCAAAUUGAUUCCUUUGAGUGCAAGAUUACUUUACCAAUGGUUAGACGUUUUAAUCUUUAUGAACAAGAGCUGUGAAUGCCAUAGGCCCAAUUGCCACGUAUCGUCAUGGUUAUGCCUGGUAUGUGACGACUUAAAACACACAGUGUAUUUCUUGCAUAGAAAACCCUUAAUGAGGAAACGAGAUCAAAUGGGACCUAAGGAAGUUACAAAUUUGAAAUUGCGAAGAAAGAACCGCGUGGAAAUAAGUAAAUUUAUUAAUUUGCAUGUACAAAAGGUGGUGAUUUUUUUCUCACGCAGCACGAAAAUCACUGAAAGCUCUUUGGACAAGAGGCUGUUUUCUGCAAGACUUAUUCAAAAGGUAGGGUAGAACUUCAGAUAUUUUCAUGUUUAAUUCUUUACUUUUUUGCACCGAUGUAUGUGCCCUAUGUACUGUCUCCUCAUUUUUACCCAUCAUGGUUAGAUGUGAAUCAUUAAAAGUUCUAAUUCAAGUCAAGAUUAUGAGAGAUGAUUGGCUUUUUCUUGGUCUGGCGUGUUAAGCACAAUGUCAUUUUUUCCAGAUUGAGAAGCUGUGGUCUGAUAUUCUCACUUGCAUACAGAGCCGCCAUGGUGGGCCGUACAACUCUGACCUGUUAUCUAUCAUGUCUCCUCUCCUGGUGUGUUAUGAAGCGCUUUUAUUCUGUCCUUUUGAACCUUUAAACUCUCAAAAGUGAUUAACAUGUAACUUCUCCCUUAUGUAUCCAUACAUUAUCCAGCAAACAGGUAGUGAGAAUACUCAAACUUAUCAGGUGCAAGAUAUUAUCUUGAACGAACAGCAAAUUCUCGUAACCAAUCUACAAGGAAAGUUGUUGUAGCUAGAGGGGAAAAUUAACAAUCAGAUCUUGGAAGUUUGUCUGGAAAAUUCCACACUAUCGGCGAUUUCACCAUUUCCUGAUCAUCCCAGAUUUUUCGAAAAUCAAAAUUCGAAAUCUUGAAAUCCCCGACUGUCUCGAAUAGUGGGUGACAAAUUGGGAAAUAGGGAGCGUGAAAGUGUAAAUAAGUUUCUAUUUAAUAGUGAAGCCUUCAUCCAAGGGUAUAAUAACGUAAUUUUUGUAUUAAUUUUUCUUAACAGGAAGUGACGUUAGUUCAUCCUAAAAGGAGUAUCAAGAACCACGCUGUCAUGUUUUGGAAUGCUACUUUUGCUCAUUCGCGAACGUUGGAGUAUCCUGAAACCUUAAGGUAUAUAAAAGAAAUUACCUCUGGAAAUGACAUCAAAAUAGACAGCGUGGUUACUUUUUUAAUAGCUGAUAACCAUCCAUCAACAAUCCAUCUGUUGUGAGAGUUUGUUUUCUGGGACCUUAAACUUGAAUGGUCCAGGAGAUCCGUUUUAAGAAAGUAGGGAAAGGUCUGACUUGUAAUGGAGUUCUAGCUGUGUUUUCGAAAGGAUGUGACCCUUUACACCCCAACAUCAGCGUAUAUAUUCUCCGUACUGUUGAGUAUAUGUUUCCAAGGUAUCGAGAAGGAGAAUUUAUUUAACAAUCAAGAGUUGCUUCAGUUGGUAAUCAUUUCCUUAUUCUCGUGACGUUAAUGAGUGAUUCAGGGGGUGAUACGGUAAGAGGAAAUUAGAUGCUGGUCAAAACUUUAAGGGUUAAGUUCGACAAUGGGCUACAGAGAAGCUUUUACAAUUUAGGGUCUUUAAUCAACUUGCUGACACUUUUUCUUUAUCCCCCCAAUUAUCACCUGUUGAUAAUGUUCAUUUUUUUUUUCCCAGACCAGUUCUUCAGAUUGCCAAAGAUAAAAUGUCACUUACUUUGCCAGGUUGGGAAAAUAUUAAGGUACGAUUGCCGACUUGGUUAUUUUUUCGUAGCAGAAUAUUUAGGGUACAUUUUAAUGUGCUUUGUGGCUAUGAAACGAACAUAAAGUAAAUGAAAGAAAAAAAAACGUGUUUAUUCUGAUCAACUUUCUUUUGUUUUGUUAUAUAUUUCCUUAAAAUGUUUAUUGUCAUAUUCAGAUUUCAGACAAAGACGCACAUUUGGAUCUCGAAGUAAGUAGUUCAUUUUCUGUUUCCCCUUAAUAACCCUUAUUUCACCGUUGUGCUUGUUCUCUUUUUAGUUUGCAAUCAUUAUUUAGAUUAUCAUCUAACAGUGAUACCUAAAAGACUCCGGCAUGCUACAGUUCAAGUUUUUGCAUCUUGAAAAAUCUACGCUAAAUUUUUUUCUUGGUUUAUUUUGUUGGUCUGUUUUUACUUCAUCUAUUGACUCUCCAUCUUGGUUUAGUACUUUGACAUCUUUCCAUAUUUUGUCUAUUUCGUUAAUUAAACGACCGUUCCGUUUGGCGGAAAGAAAAAAAAACGUAGUUCCUUUACCCCUGUUACUUUAAGAUUCGAUGAUACGUUCUCUACGGUUGUCUGGCAUUAAUUUCGUAUGAUUGUAGCGUAAACUUUAGUGCAAGAUCAAGCAAUAUUCCCUUUCGCCUGGGGAUGUAUUGUUAUCGUUUGGAGAAAUUCCCUUUUGGUCGUUCCUGGGAGUGACUAGCUUCAACUUACAUUUAAUGAGCAUCUCUUGUCCCUUGAUCUGUCGUUAACUAUUUUUCUUCUCUCAACAUCAUAAUAGUCUGAAGAACUUACCCAGCACGCAAACCUUGUGAAACCGCUGCCAUAUGGUAUCUUAGGCUCUCCUCAGCGCCGUAAGCAUACGUCAGUUUCAGGAGGGUCCCCACAGUUGAAGGGCAGUUUCUUACACAAGGCCUUGAGUGUCGAGAAAGUGGUGGAAAAUGCUUCACCUAAAAGAGUAAGAAUUCGUUUACAUUUUGACUGUAUGAACGCUUUUAGAGAUAAAAACCGACAUUUGCGGUAUAAUUUGAAAAUACAUCUCCAGUUGAAAUAGUAACAAAUAGGAAAUUAAUCAUGAUGUGGUGGCUUUAAAGUUCAAUCGUCGAAUAAAGAGACGUGUGACAUUUGUCCAUAUCGUCGGGAUCUUUCGAUUUUCUGGUCGGAUGCUUUACCGAUCAAGACAGAGCGGACAAGUUAAAGAGCAAAGCUAUAUACUGCAUGCUGGUACGACCACGGAUGUUGGAAGCGUCUCGUGUAUUCAACUGACAACUAUUUACCAAAGUGACUAGUGGUAGAUAUUUACUGAGUUGUGAAGUGGCGAGGUAAAUAUCUACCACUAGCCACCGACACUGGAGUGAAUAGUUGUUUUUAUAUAGACUAAAAGAGUGAGAUAAUAUAGCACAAAAUAUAAUGUUCACUCAUUUAUUCCGCAACGAUCACAAUAUCGGAUCAAUAUCAAUAUCUUCGGGCGCGAGUUGCUUGGAGGUGAAUAGCACAGGAUAUUCGGAGUUGAGGAUCCAAUCAGAGUGCGCCUUCAACGCUAUCCAUUGUUUUAACAUAUACUAAGCGAGAAUAUAUCUCCACGCAACAGUCUUUCGACAUUCUUGGUGGUACUAAUGCCUCAAUGCCUGUAUUUUUCAGAGAGUUAGAACUAACAGUGUACUCGAAGGAAGUGAUAAAAUCAGGAUGAAUACAGUAUUUGGUGUUACUGCUUCCGGUUUGUCUUUAUUUUUCUGUAAUUUCUUCAUGCAUUCAGAUAAGUCGCUCACCAAAAGUUGGACGCCCUAGAAAUUCCCCGGCCAAUACGCAUGUGAGGAGAAAAUUGCCGCUGUCCAAGUUCGACGACGAUGACCAGGUUAGUUGAUAUCUGUAAGGGAAUGCUGACCAUUUCAGUGACACGUGAACUACUAUGCUCGUGACAAGUAUGCACAUAACGAGUAUGCACGUGAUUGACUCUAACCAUCUCUCCGCUGAAAAGUAAUCACAUAAUAAUAUAAUUUAAAGUGAGUAUUUCUUGUCUAUAGGAAUACGUCAUGAUUGCCCCUUCUCCGAAAAAGAAGCGCGUGCUUACUGAACAUCAGAAAGAAAUCAUGCGGAGCAGAAGGUAAAAAAAUAAGAACUUGAUUAUUCUUUGCAAAAUUUUUUGUGCACUCUUUGUAAAAAGUGAAACGUAAAAAGUAGUUGUAAGGCUGUGAAACUUGAAUGAUACAAAUCUGUAAUAUAAAACCCCGCUAAUCCCUUGAAAAACGUUAACAAACAAACAAGCAAACUCUAGAUGUGGGAAGGGAUACGGGUAUUUUCUUUUUUGUUUCAUGUCGUUUUAAUGUCAGUCUUUUUGGGUAGUGAUGUAUUAUUCUCGAGGAUUUGAAGGAAUCCAGUGCAAAAUCUCUGCUGUAAACAAGAGAAAAUGGUUGAAAAAAUUACUUUAUAUUUCGUGCUUAUUAAUAUUUAGCUUCUGGAACUUUCAUUUUAAAAAAAAUCGAUCCGAUCAGAAAUUUUGGUUAGAAAUUAGUCGUUGCAGAACAUGAUAAAUCGUUAAUCCAUAAAAUUAGACUCGGGCAAAAUGUUCAUGGUACACGUUAUUUAUAAGGAACAGGGAUGGUCAAGGGAUGGGGAGUUGGGUUGGCAAAAUGGUGAGAGCUCGUGCCUCCCGAUGAAGGGGGUUUUAUUCCCAAAUCUGACAUCACAUGAGGGUUGAGUCUGUUGUUGAAUCUCGUCCUUGCUCUGAGGGUUUUUCUCCGCUGCUUCUUCCUCGAAACCUAACACCCAAAAUUCAAAUUCGACUCUGAAUCAAUGGAUGAAGAAACACUUUGUGGAUGUAAUUCAAUUUACACCCUAUACCCUGUUUUUGUUAUUAUUAUUCAGCACUGUAUAAUUUUGUUACCUGGGUAGUAAACCCUUAAUUUUACAAGGUAAUAAUCAGAGUAUCAAUCGGACUCUUCGAUGAUGAAGUUUUUAUCGAAAAAAUUGAAAAAAAUCAGACUUAACAGACGUGAGCCUUCACCACAUAUGAAAUAUACCACGUAUUUUUAGCACAUUGGACCCUUGAUAAUUUGUAUCCUUUUUAUUCCUCACUACAGUGAUGUUCCUGCACUCUACAAUGCGCUUGACCACUCACAAGACUGCUCACAAUUUUCACAGUUCACUCUUACGUCACAUGGAGAUGUCACGUGAGUAUCCAUUCCUUCUUUCAUGUAGUCCAGUGUGAGGUGUCACAAUAACCAAGAAUCUCUUUUUUUCAUUUCUCCCAUAUAGUGUUGACACGACUCCAAACAGUUCACCAGGUGAGCUUCUCUUUUAUGGAUGAUUUUAAAGGGUUUCCGUGAGAGCUGGCAACCGGUGGAAUUCUCCUUGGAUGUCAAACGAAAUCGCCGCCUACUUACUCUGAAAUUAAUGACGUUAUGUUAAAAAACCAACUUCCAUUAGCCUUCUGCACUGCCUUUUUUGCCAUUUACUUUAAAACUUAAUGAAACUCCAGCAUUUCUGUUGAAUCCUCUCCUAAUCAGCCAAUCAAACUUAGUGAUUCAUUACUGUUUACUGUGGCGCGGAGAUUUAGUGGUCAGCGGACUGGAAACCAAAUUGGAAGGUCCGGAUUCAAACCCCGGCCGUGUCAUGUCGUUGUACUUUUGGACAAGAUGCUUAAUUCUUACAUUUCCCUUCUCUGCCCAAGAGUAUCAGUCGGAAUCAGGAAACUGUUAAGGAAUUUUGAUGAAUUGGUGGACCUAGCGGCAUUCCAUUCAGAGGAUUAGUAAUACUCUUAGCUGCUUUGGGCAGAAUAAUAGAAGCAAAAUUAGUUCCGGUAGCAAGGGGCGACUUAUAGCGUGAGACUACAAUCGACUGAAAAAUUGUUCAAUGUGUUUUCUCUCUUCCCCUUUGUAGAAGAAGAAAAACCUCAGUCGCCUGGUAGCAAGAAACAAUUGGUCUGUCAGAACGAGGAAGAGCUCCAGGUUGGCUCAAAUGUGCGAGGAACAGGAAAAAGCGAGAGCGAAAACGAAAACAAUGCGGAGGCCAUUGAAAGGGCAACAACGGAAAAUAAAGUUGGGAGAAAUAUGGAUAAUGGCGAAGACUCUAAAGGAAAUGGGGUAGAAAUGGAAGACAAGAUCAGUGAAGGAGCCGAUAGAGAGGUCGAAGGAAUAGAAUGUGAAAUUGUCGAAUUAGUGGAAUCUUCCCAAAAUGAAGAUGGAAACCUGCGCGACGAAACAGAGCAAACUGAUAAAGAUGAGGUGGACAGUGAUGACGAAGUGAUGUCACCUGACGUCAUACCGUCGUCACAAACGCCAAGCUUUGAGUCCCCUUUUCAGUCCCUUAGACAAAUCACGAUCCCGCCCGACUCCAUUCUACCGGGUUUAAUUCAAACAAGGGCAAGUAUUCAGAGAAACUCGAAAAGAGAGCAGAAUAAUUUAGGGAAUUCUGAUGGUAAAAACGUUGAUACGGCAUUGGAAACGCAACUUGAGAGUGAUGUUCUGAAAGAAGAUAAAGUUUUCGACUCUGAUUCGCCUAUGAAAGUUGAAGAACAACCAAUAACUAAGACGAAAGUUUCGCCAGUUGCCGGGCGAACGAGAAGAAAACUUCAACAGAAGAUCGAGAUGACGCCAACGCUCGAAAAACCACAAGAAGAGCCCACAGAGCAAGCGAUCAGCAGAAUUAUGCUCAGUGAUCAGCAACUGGCAGAGACUGAAAAGCUGGGUGACCAAACACCCAUGGAGAAACCCGCUGAGCCAUUUGUCGCUGGCCUAACGAGGGAUGAAACCUCGUCUCCAGUCUUAAACGCUAAGAGCAAGUUCCUUCGUCCAUUUGCAGCAGGGGGUAGUCCGUGUCGAUUGAAUCUCCGCGGAAGAAAUUCCCCGGGAGUUUCUCCCACAACUGGUAUUUUGAAAAGAUACCAUGCGAUCAAGCAAGGAGUUGACUCACCCUCCCCUCCCGGAAAGGUAGUAAUAAUUAAUGUAGUUAUUUAUCUUAUUACACAUCUAGUAUUUUCAGGUGUUGUCAAUUGGUAAAGGAGAGCGUUUUCCUCAAUGGCCUAAUUUCUAAAGAGUGAAAUUCCACCAUUUCUUCUUGAGUCGAUAUUUUUCUCGUUUUUUAUUUUUUCAAGGACGGCUUCGUCGGAAUUUUAAAAUAUUUCUGAUUAUCGUUAGAACUUAUUUCGAUUCUAGGUAGUUGUCAACCCAUCUGACAAGAACUGUUUUAUUCAAAACUUAGGUUUUGUUUUGUAACGAACGAAAAAAGCAAGGGUUAAGCGAUCUUUCUGUUUUUGCUAGUGAAUAUUAAUCAGCAAAUGAUGUUGCUGUGUUGUGUGUCUCAUGCGCUAACCAAAUUGUGCUUUUUCUGUUUGUUAUUUUGAUUAUCAAGGUCAGAAGAGUUUCGUUUGCUCUACCUGUUAAAGAUGACAGUUGUGAAGACUUGCAAGAAAAAACCGCUGAACUAACUACCAUUGCUUCACACCUUAAAACAUCGGGCUCUUCUCCAUUCACGGCUGUUAAGCAAGUACGUAACUCCCUUUAACUCCCAGAAAUUAUUUAUAAGUAGCUUCUCCUUCUUCUAUCCAUACAUUAUCCAGCAAACAGGUUAUUACCUUGAUCUAACACCAAAUUUUGAAAUUCUCAUAACUAAAUCACUAAAUUACUUUCUUUUUUUUUUUUAAUUCAUUUCAGCGGAGACCUUUACCAUCGAGCAACGCCCAUAGUGCCCAGGACUCCACCGACUGCAUGUUCCCAGAUCUUGUGUCUUGCACAGUGCCAGUUGAACAGAUUCUUCCCUCCAUUCUCACCAUGUCUUGGUCACGUGGUAUGGGUCACUUGGUGCGUGCGCAGAAUAUUCACACCAUUGGAAACUUGUCAGCUUUGAAAGAGGAGCAGGUAAUACAAACAGAACCACCAGAAAUGCAUUGUGUUUUAGUUACUUGCUUCAGAAAAGUCGUACAUCGGGGCUUUCAAUCAAUGUGCUACCAGUAGUGAGAACAAAAAAAGUUUUUCGUGAUGCACAGCCAAGUGUGUCACUGAUGUUUUUACCACAUUUUGAGGUCUUCUGUGAUCUGUUGGCAUAAAGACCCACAGCAAUAUGGAAGCUAUUUGUUUUAUGUGACAGAAAAAGUAAAAUGUUGUUAAUGUCCUACAAUAGAUCAUAAGGAAGAACCGAUCAAAAUGCGUGUACAUGUAUAAGUCAGCUUAUCGUAAAAACUCUUAGGGCCGGUCGUUUAAACGAGGUCUAACCCAAACCGCGUUUUCACACAAGCAGUGGGCCUCAGGGAUUCUCUAUGAGAGGGUGGAUCUGAUUCAAUAAAUUUCAUUCCAUUGUUAGUUUUCGCCCCUCAUGACACUCUUCACAAAAUUAAAUGUUCAGAUAAAAGGUUCAGCGGAACUGAAGAUGGUUUAGAACGCAGUUUUGUUAAACAACGGCUAAACUUUGUUUAAAUAACCGGCCGUAAAAGUUACAUGCUCCUUUCACAACGUAGAGAGAGGUACUUCUUUAAAAAAGGGCUCCGUAGCUUUCGCCGAAAUUGUCACACAAGGUUUUUACAAACCUUAUAUAAAUAAGGACAACUGAGUUUCACGAGAUGACAAGACAAGCUAAAAGAGGUAAUUUUUCAGGUAAAAAACCUACCCAUCAAAUCACCCAAAGUACCAACACUGAAGACAGCUUUAAGAAGAUUCCAUCAAAUUCAAAGAGGGAGGAGUUCCAAAUCUACUGUGGCAAAGUUAACGGCAGAAGUUGUUCAGAAGGAAGAGAAUGAAAACAAAGAAGGUGAGAGUAGUCCCAUGAUCCAGUUAGGUAAUUUAAAGAUUCUACAACAAAAUGGAUUACCGGAAAUGAGAGCUGCAAGUCUGUACAAAUAAUUUAUGAUAGCUUUAGCCCUAAUAAAUCAUAAAGGAAGAAAUUUCAAAUGUCAUCAUCUGUAAAUGCUGUUGGGUUUAUCAGACUGAGAAAAAUCUAAUCUUUUGUUUUAUUUUUAGUUUUAUCUCAAAAGAAGCGUUGUGUGUGAAAGGUUUUCUGGGUAAUACUCAACUUAACUCUAAAGUAGACCUUCGUUCUUUAGUAUGUCUGGUGUUGUUACCACAUUCUCACAGCGUUUGUAAAUACAAAUUGUCUCAUUGUAUUUUUGGGAAGCCAAGAAAACUGAAGGUCUCAGUUUCUCUUUGUUGCUUCCAAAAAUUUCGUUUUUAACUUUUUCAAUGCCUUCACCUGCCCAAUCCCUUCUAGUCUCAGAUAGAACAAAGGCAAAAACUAAUUACAGUAUGCGAAGCCUACAAUUCGAGGUGUAAUUUAUAUUUUGACCAGCGUAGUAACGUGUUUUCUUAAUUCUUCGCAACAGAAGAUGUAGCCACCUCUGAACAUGCGCAUCUCCCAGGAGAGGCUGGUAUUGUAAUGAAGCCAAUAAUAGUUGAGGACCCUCUGAGUUCCGGCGGCACAGAAAGUACGCAAACGGCUGUGGAGUCUAAGAUGGAAGGGAUUAAACCCAGUGAAGAUUGCUCGUCGAAUGAGACCGAUCUAGCACUGGUUGUUGAAACCGAAGAAAUGGCGUCCGAUGUGGGGCCAGAGGGAAGCGAGGCGGAAAUUGUCUUCGUCGAUGAUGAAAAAGUGAUUGAUCUACUUACUGUUGAAGCUCGAGCAAAUAAGACGGGGAUGGAGGCGAGCACCACGGGGUCAUGUCGUUCUGCGCAUGACUCUGACGUUAUCGAAGCGACCGCUGACAUUUCUCGCCCUCAAGUUGAAACUCGUUGUGAACCAAUGGAGCCAUUUCCACGUGAAGAAUCGCGCGAAGAGCGUAAAGGAACCGACGUAAUGCUGUCAUAUCCAGAAGAAAAUGUGGAAAUUGGAGAGAAAGAUUCGGGAGAUGCAGGGGAUAUAAACAUUAAGGGAACCAAACCUAAAGAAACGGCUGUGGUGGCUCAGGAGAGCACUGAUCAUUCCUCUGCUUCCACGACAUCUAUCGGAGGAGACAGUGAUAAAGAGAGGUUUUGUAACUGUUUACGUUCCCUUAAAGAUCUUGCAUCACCUAAUGUUUUACAAGCAUUGUCAAGUGAGGAGAUUUUUGAGGCGCACCACAGCCUGACGGAUGUCACGUCGGUCGUAGUGCAGGCUCUGAGAGGGCGUUGGCAAUCACCGAGAUCUAAGAAACGGGCUGUUCAAGACAUUCAAUAAGUAUGAUAAACUUGAAUCUUUCGGUAACCGGUCUCAUAUGGUUAUGUAAGAGAAAGCGAACUGUGCGUAGAAUUGGAAAUUAAAAGCGGGUGGUGUUUUACGAAGGUAUUCUGAAAUAUUAAAGAUAGAGGAUUGUGUUGACCUUGAAGGAUUUCAAAUCCGCCUAUGUUAAGAACUGUCCUGGAAAGAACUGUUACUUGUUUAUCAGAAGUUAUUAUUUCUAACGUCAAUACAUAAGCACAUGAGAAUUACUAUCUAUUCGCAAAACUUCUCAAAAUUGUUAAUUUCGUUUUUAAGUUCACGUUUCGAUAAAAUUUGUAGUUGUCCAAAGGUUAUGAAGAAGUGGUUUCCUUUUUACAUUUAACCCAUGAAACUCCCAUGAGCGGUCGAGUGUUAAUUUCCGACAACCAUAUCUGGCGAGAUCUUAUGGAUUUACCCACUUCGAGUCCACAAUCUAGGCCAAGGUCUCUUAAAAAUACUUUAUAAUAAAGUAAGGG